GGAUAUAGCUGCUGCUGCUACCAGGUGUCACAUUUAUAGCAUCAGACGCAGUCACUGACAAAGAACAAGAUGAACAAAUACAGGAAGCAGAUAGCAGAGCAGUUCCUGAGUCAGGCCCUGGGCAUCAUCUGCAUGCUGACCGGAGAGGAAUACACCAUUGUGAAGAAGAGGCCCUCCCACAGCAGCGUUCAACAGCUGAGCGGAGAGGUGCCUAUAAAGUGUGAUGAUGUUGCCGUGUAUUUCUCUAUGGAGGAGUGGGAGUAUAUAGAGGGACACAAGGAGCUUUACAAGGACGUCAUGAUGGAGACUCACCAAGCACUAAGGGCUAUGGAGAUCCCAGGAAAUGAGAGCUCAGAAUUAAUAGGUCACAGAGAUGACAAUCUAGACACAGGAGCACAUAGAGAACUGGUACAGAAUAUUCAGCCAGUGGAGACCCCAUCAGACGUCUCUGCAGAACUAACAGGUCACAGUGAGGAAAAUCUAGACACAGGAUCACAAGGAGAUCGUGUACAGAAUAUUUAUCCAUCAGAUGUAUUUGCAGGUGACAUUACUCAUGUGGAUCAUCAAUCAGAUCUGAGUGUAACGUAUCAGCUGGAAGCUCCAAUGCAGGAAAUGUGUGACAGUGACAAUGCAGGUGAAAACGAUGCUAACAUUUUAUGUAACACGGAACAAACAGAAGAUCAGUGGCUAGCAAACAUGCCAGAAGCUGCAAAGCAGGAAAUAUGUGACAAUAUAAGUACAGGUGAAAAAGAUUCUAAGAUUUCAUGUAACAUGGAACAAACAGAAGACCAGUGGCUAAGUAAUAUGCCAGAAGCUGCAGAGCAGGAAAUAUGUGACAAUAUAAUUACAGGUGAAUUAACAAACUGCAAUAAUCCUAGUCAUGAUCAGAGUACAGAUGCUUCUUUACAUCUUCUUCAAAAUCAAAGAAGCCACAUGGGAAAUGUAUGUUCGGAAUGUGGGAAAUGUUUUUUUAAGAAAUCACAUCUUUUUAAACAUCUAAAAAUUCAUACCAUAGAAAAUCCUUUUUCCUGUCCUAUAUGUGGGAAAUAUUUUAACUUUAAAAAAAAUCUUGUUACGCAUCAGAAAAUUCAUACAGGGGAGAAACCAUUUUCAUGUUCUGACUGUUGGAAAAGUUUUACUCAGAAAUCAACUCUCAUUAAUCAUCAGAAAGCUCAUACAGGAGAGAAACCAUUUUCAUGUUCUGACUGCAGAAAAUGCUUUACUCAUAAAUCAUAUCUUCUUACGCAUCAGAAAACUCAUACAGGGGAGAAAAGAUUUUCAUGUUCUGACUGUGGAAAAUGUUUUAUUCAGAAAUCAAAUCUUAUUACACAUCAGAAAAUACAUACAGGAGAGAAACCAUUUUCAUGUUCUGACUGCGGGAAAUGUUUUACUCUGAAACCAACUCUUAUUAGGCAUCAGAAAACUCAUACAGGGGAGAAAGGAUUUUCAUGUUCUGACUGUGGGAAAUGUUUUAUUCAGAAAUCAAAUCUUAUUACGCAUCAGAGAAUUCAUACAGGAGAGAAACUAUUUUCAUGUUCUGACUGCGGGAAAUGUUUUACUCUGAAACCAACUCUUAUUAGGCAUCAGAAAACUCAUACAGGGGAGAAAGGAUUUUCAUGUUCUGACUGUGGGAAAUGUUUUACUCAGAAAUCAAAUCUUAUUAAUCAUCAGAAAAUUCAUACGGGGCAGAAAGCAUUUUCAUGUUCUGACUGUGGGAAAUGUUUUACUCUGAAACCAACUCUUAUUAGGCAUCAGAAAAUUCAUACAGGGGAGAAAGCAUUUUCAUGUUCUGACUGUGGGAAAUGUUUUACUCUGAAACCAACUCUUAUUAGGCAUCAGAAAAUUCAUACAGGGGAGAAAGGAUUUUCAUGUUCUGACUAUCGAAAAUGUUUUACUCAGAAAUCAAAUCUUAUUACGCAUCAGAAAAUUCAUACAGGGGAGAAAGGAUUUUCAUGUUCUAAAUGUGGGAAAUGUUAUACUCGGAAAUCAACUCUUAUUAGGCAUCAGAAAACUCAUAUUAGGAGAAAUCAGAGUUUAACCUCCUAAGUGCAGAGGGUGGCAUGUAGUUGUCGCCCACACAAUAUCAAGUGCUGAUGAUGACUGCAUGUGACCCCCUGGGGUGCACAGUUUUGGAGCUGUUUGAGGCCCCUUCUGCACCUCAAGUGUUUAUAAGAUGACCCCAUUGCAGAUUUGAUUUAAAUCACUAGUCAGCCAGGCCAAUUUAAAUCAUGGUUUUCAUUUUUAGAAUACGUUUUCAGAUUUUUUCCAGUUAUAUCAGACCAUUACUAAAUUGGUUAUAUAUCCUUAGAUAAAUCAUUGAAAUUAAUGAAAUUAUUUGGAGGGGAACUAUCUCAAGUUUAAUUGGUAAAUUGUUCAUAUUUGAUCAACUUUUCACCUGUACUUUAUUGGAAGGAGAAAAAUUAUUACAUUAAAGGGACAGUCAACACCAGAAUUUUUGUUGUUUAAAAACAUAGAUAAUCCCUUUAUUACUCAUUCCCCAGUUUUGCAUAACCAACACUGUUAUAUUAAUAUACUUUUUACCUCUGUGAUUAACUUGUAUCUAAGCAUCUUCUGACAGCCCCCUGAUCACAUGACAUUUUAUUUAUUAUCUAUUGACUUUCAUUUUAGCCAAUUAGCGUAGUGUCUGUCACAAGCCACGGGCGUGAUCACAAUGUUAUCUAUAUGGUUGACAUGAACUAGCUCUCCCCUGUUGUGAAAAGCAAAUAAAAAAGCAUGUGAUAAGAGAAGGCCUUCAAGGGCUUAUAAAUUACCAUAUGAGCCUUCCUAGGUUUAGCUUUCAACUAAGAAUACCAAGAGAACAAAGCAAAAGUGGUGAUAAAAGUAAAUUGGAACGUUGUUUAAAAUUACAUGCCCUAUUUGAAACAGGAAAGUGUUUUUUUGGACUCUUGACUGUCCCUUUAAUAUUAACAAUAUAAAUAGUUGUAUUUAUCUAAAACAAUAGCAUUAUUUUUCAUUUUUAGAUCAUUGUGCAGAUCUAUCCUACUCCAAACAAUCUUCUAUUUAGUGAGCUUCUUGAAACUUAGUAUGGGCUGAGUCAGUGUACGUAGAUUUGCAGGGGAGCAAUGGAAAAAGGAAAGGAAAGUCAAAAUUAAACGUUCAUGAUUCAGAAAGAACAUGCAAUUUUUUUACAAUUUUCCAAUUGACUUCUCUUAUCUAAUUUGCUUUGUUCUCUUGGUAUCCAUUUUUUAAAAGCCUGCAUAGGUAGGCUCACUCAGGUGAUGAUAAUAAUAGAAGUGAAUAUGAAAAUUGUAUGUUCUAUCUUUCUUGAUUAUGUCCCUUUAAGGUCUAUUUACCAAGUAUGUUAAUUGUAUAACAUUUUGCUGUGAAAAAGGGGAAUGUUAUUUCUGCAGACACAAAUUUACAGUUUUGAAAACUACAAAAUCAAUAAUAUGUGAUAAUAUCUUCAAGAUUGAAAAAUUUCCAAAAUAAUGUGACAUAAACCUCUGGGAGAGCAUGACAUUGUGAAUGGAUUAAUAGAAUUAAUUUACCAAAAAAAAACCAUUACAUCCACGAAGAUACAGCAUCUUGCUAUAUAAUAAAAACUCAUCUAUAUUUCAGGAUGAAUAACCUUUGGAUUAUAAUGUAACUUAAAUCCUGUUUUAAUUUAAAAAAGAAAAAUCUAAAUUAAAAAAAUGUGAUUUAAUUUAA